AUGUCUCCAGGAUCGAAACCUGCAUCUCAUCUGCAACCCAGCAUGGAUUCAAAUAACGGUAUUCAGCUGCCUCGGGGCAAUACCACAGUAAAGACCUAUCUUAUCAACCCAGUCAACUUUGGUCCUGCACAGAUCCACCGUUUCAUGGCCCCACCAGUGCCAGGACUGGAGACGUUUACAACAAUCCCAUCUCACUCUUUCUUGAUCGAACAUCCAUCUGGUCGCAAGUUGGUUUUUGACCUGGGGAUCCGCAAAGAUUAUCACAACUACUCAGAACCCAUCGCGAGCUAUUUGCCAACGACCAAAUAUGAUAUUCAAGUCUCAGAGAAUGUAGUAGAUAUACUGAGGAGCCACUCCAUUGAUCUGAACACAAUUGAAGCCAUCGUAUGGAGUCAUUGGCAUUGGGAGUGA